CACCACGCGACAGGGACCGACAAGAUGGCGAUGAUUUUAGAAACAGAGGAGCUGCUGCCGUGAAGGAGAGGCUCGACACUGCCAUGCCUUGGGAAGGGUCCCAUUUCUCUGCCCACCAUGGUAACCAUGGUGAUAUGAAGCCGGUGUGAAGCUUUGACACACACACUACUCAGACUUACACAUAGACGGUCAGCUACUGACUGACACAGCCAGCCAGCCAGCUCGGUUGGCCGGCGUGUGUAAUGGACAGGUGUAAGCAUGUGGGGCGGCUGCGGCUUGCCCCCGACCACUCCAUCCUCAACCCCCAGAAGUGGCACUGUGUGGACUGCAACACCUCCGAGUCCAUCUGGGCCUGCCUGGGCUGUGCUCAUGUGGCGUGCGGGCGCUACAUUGAGGAACAUGCUCUGCAGCAUUUCCAGCAGCAGCGCCACCCGUUGGCUAUGGAGGUUAAUGAACUUUACGUAUUUUGCUAUUUGUGCGAUGACUAUGUCUUGAAUGAUAACGCCACAGGAGACCUGAAGCUACUUCGCAGUACGCUCAGCGCCAUCCAGAGCCAGCGCUAUGAGGUCACCACCCGCAGUGGGCGUACCCUCCGCUCUACAAGCGCUGCUCCUGACGCCGUCAUCCCGUGCGGCGCCAGCGAGCUGCAGCUUAGAGACGAGGACAGGAUGUUUACUGCACUUUGGCAUCGUCGCAGGGCGCUGAUGGGACGCAUUUUUCGCUUCUGGUUUGCGCUGACCGAAUGUGGAAAGAAGAGGGAGGAAGAGGAGAGAAAGAGGGAAGAGGAGGAGGAGCAGAAAAGGGAGGCGAGGGAGAGGAGGCGGGCUCAAAAGAGGCAGCUACAGGAGGACCUGGAGAACGCUCCGCUCAGGAAGAGUCGCCGUUUGCGCCGGAGGAGCCAGAAAGUUGCAGAGGCUGCAGUCACACCGCCGUCUCGGAGGACGCCGUCUAGGAGGGCUCGCAAGAAGACAAAAACCCCCGAGCCUCCGUCUGUUACCCGCAGGCUGAGGACCCGAAGCCCCGCUACACCCAAGAAAGCUGUGCGGACUAAAACGGUCCAACCUACUCCCAGAACACGAAGCCGUUCUUCUGCCACCAAAUCUAAGCCCAAAACUCCCACAGUGACCCCCCGUUCUGCUCAGACUCCUGUUCGCCGCAAGCAGAGUACCAAACAGGGCGGUUCCCCCUUCAAACGGCACCCCACUGUCACGCCUGGAGUGACGGGCCUCAGAAAUUUAGGCAACACCUGUUAUAUGAACUCUAUCCUGCAGGUUCUGAGCCACCUGCACGUUUUCAGGGAGUGCUUCCUGCGCCUGGAUCUGACCCAGGCGCUGGAGCUGCUGGCCUCUGCUGUCCACGGCCAGCUGACAGGGAAGGUCACAUCCCAUUCCCCCCUGACCCAAAGGAAGGGACCCCAGGCUAGCUCGGGCUCGGGAGCUGGGCUGAGCGGCGGGGCCUCGAGGUCCCGUAGCAUGGAGCUGAUACAACCCAAAGAGCCCAGCUCGAAGCACAUCUCCCUCUGCCACGAGCUGCACACCUUGUUCCAGGUUAUGUGGUCCGGCAAGUGGGCGCUGGUCUCGCCUUUCGCCAUGCUGCACUCGGUGUGGCAGCUGAUCCCGGCGUUCAGGGGCUACGCUCAGCAGGACGCUCAGGAGUUCCUGUGUGAGCUGCUGGACAAAGUGCAGCACGAGCUGGAGAGCACAGGCCAACACACCACUAGCGCAGGAGUCCCGCAGAUCCAGAAACGACUCAUCAAACAGGUGCUCAGUGUGGUCAACACCAUCUUCCAUGGCCAGCUGCUUAGCCAGGUGACGUGUCUGGCCUGCGACCAUCGCUCCAACACGGUGGAGCCGUUCUGGGAUCUGUCUCUGGAGUUCCCGGAGCGCUAUCACAGCAAUAGCAGGGAGUCAGCCGCCCAGGCGUCGUGCCACCUGACUGAAAUGCUCGCCAAGUUCACAGAGACUGAAGCGCUGGAGGGAAACAUCUACGCCUGUGACCAGUGUAACUCUGCUCGAAGGCGGAGCUCCUCCAAACCAGUCAUCCUGACCGAAGCACAAAAACAGCUGAUGGUCCACAAACUGCCUCAGGUCCUGCGACUUCACCUCAAACGCUUCAGGUGGUCUGGGCGGAACCACCGGGAGAAGAUCGGAGUCCACGUCAGCUUCGAUCAGCUGCUCAACAUGGAGCCGUACUGCUGCAGAGACCCCUCACCCAAAGUCCCGCCCACCUGCUCCAGUCCCGGCAGCUCCACGGGCUCACCGCGUCCCAAGCACUUCCUCUACGACCUCUCCGCUGUGGUGAUGCAUCAUGGGAAGGGCUUCGGUUCUGGCCACUACACUUCCUACUGCUACAACACAGAAGGACGCUUUUGGGUUCACUGUAAUGACUCUAAACUGAAUGUGUGUUCAGUAGACGAGGUAUGCCGCGCUCAGGCCUACAUCCUCUUCUACACGCAGCGAGUAACUCAGGACAAAGACCGGCCGCUAUAGGACCACAAUCCCCCUCUUCCUCCUCCUUCUCGAGACGAUAUCAGCACAGCCCCACCUAUCGCUCUUUCUCUCCCCCCCUCCCUCCUUUCCUUUGGGCAUUUUUAUAUCCGAGGAGGACGGGUGUGUGUUUUUUUUUUUUUUUUUUUAGUCUAUUUUUCUAAAUAAGGAAAACAAAAGAGAGGAAGGACUCCUUUUUAAAAACCUGGUUCUGCUUUGUGAACUUCUUGUAUAUGCUGUUUAUAUGUAGGUAUUUUUUAAAAGAUGGUGAUGUUUGUUAUUUGUGUACAGUUGUAUUUUAUAUUAAAAAAAAAAGAGAGAGAGUAUCAGCCAAGUGUCUCAGUAGCAGCCAACAGACUGUGACGACACGACUUUAAGUGUCCUCUUCAGGUCGUACAGGUGCAUCCACGUCUGCCUACCUGCAUACAGUGGAUUGUUGAUUGUAAAUGCUGUUUGUUUGAAUCAGUCACUUUAGAUAGCUGUCAUAGAACUGGAUGUAGGGUGGUUAAAUGUCAUUCACUCACUAGUUUUGGCCUCCCUGUUUUCUACACAAGUCAACAGUUUCCUGUCAGAAAUGCACUAACUCCUACAUAAUAGGUCGUCAGCGUAGCAUUUUACUCAGUUUUGGUUCAUAUUUGUGUAACCAGGAGGGCAUGAAAUCUGUGUUCCCUCUGAAGGUCUCCUGUCAGGCAGACCUCAAGCCAAAGCCUCGGGGGGAAGAGUAUGGAAAAACUUCUCAGCGUUUCUUAAACGGUUCAACGUUUGCUGGGUUUAUAUUUUCUUUCCUCUUCAACUCAGCGGGGAAAGUUUCCAAUGGGAUUUUUUAUUUUAUUUUAGCUAAAUGCUGCCACCUCUCUGCACCAGAAUGUAAUUUUCUUCAGUGUGAACCAUCCCAAACCGGACACAUACUAGUGUACUAGAAAAAGUGCCCUUUUGUUGACAGAGAAUAUCUAUUUUUAUAGUCAAUAUUAAUUCAGCGUAGUGGUAUCUGCACAGCCGCAGUCCCACCCACACCAGCAUUUAGAUUAUGAAUGUAUUUUUAUACAUACCUUCUCAGAGGCUGUAGAAAAAGAGGCCAUUGACUGUUUUUCAAGGUUUUCUUCAACCCUGAUUGUUUUAAUCACCAGCAGAUAUGACAGAUUUUUACUGUUCUCCCACCAUUCAGUAGGUGUGUGUACAUAAUGUAUUUACAUCCUGUUCAGUACAAUAUCCAGUGUAUACAGAUUGUGAUAUUUAUCUCCAUACUGGAGAAUUUGUAAAAAAGAAAUUUUUAUUUUCCGCCUCAACCAUGAUUCCUCCACAAGAGGUUAAUUUAAAGCACACUUCAUACUGUUUUUUUUUUCUCCAUUUUGUGACACAUUGUUGGCAUUUUGGUAACUACUCCAUGAAUGUGUGUUUUUGUGUGUGUGUGUGUAAAUUUAUGAAAGUUAUACUAUGCAAAUUGUUACCUCAAUUGUUUUCUAGAGAAAAUUACCUCAAUAAACGAGAAUAUUUUUUCAUUUUUCUAUAAAAGA